CUCCUAGUUCUCCAUCAUGGAGGCGGACAGGUCCUGUGGAGGAGCGGGCGCAACGAACCCGAGCCCAGGCGGGAGCGGCGCUGGACGGAACCCCAACGGGCCCAAAGCGGCGGCGUCUCCCUCCCCGUCCGCCGCGGGGGCGAUGGCUGCCUCUUCCCAGCCAAAGGACAUGCAGGAGGCAGAAGCGGGCCUCUCUCUGCCCGGGAUCCUGCACUUCAUCCAGCACGAAUGGGGUCGCUUUCAGGCCGAGAAAUACCGCUGGGAAGCCGAGAGAGACGAGCUGAGGGCACAGGUGGCGUUCCUUCAGAAUGAGAGGAAGGGCCAGGAAAACAUGAAGCAGGACCUGGUACGCAGGAUAAAGAUGCUGGAGUAUGCGCUGAAACAGGAGAGGGCCAAGCACCAGAAACUGAAGGCUGGGUCUGAACAGAACCCAGGGGAGAAGAAGCAAGAGACGGGAGAGUCGGAGCAAGUUUCCAAUGGGCCAGCGGACUCUGAUUCUGCUCCAGCCAAUCAGAUGUCCUGGAAGGAGGGACGGCAGCUUCUGCGCAAGUACCUGGAGGAGGUGGGCUACUCAGACACCAUCUUGGACAUGCGCUCUAAGAGGGUGCGCUCCCUGCUGGGCCGAAGCAGCCCUGAGGUCAAUGGACCCCCGGAUGUGGGACCCUCACCUCCUCUUGCAGAGCGAGAGCCCCGCAGUGGUGGGGAAUCUCUGCUGGUUAAGCAGAUUGAGGAGCAGAUCAAGAGAAACGCUGGGAAGGAGAGCUCCAAGGAGCGGCUAAGUGGCUCCGUGCUGGAAAAGCUACCUUUUCUCCAUGGCUGUGAGGAAGAGGAGGAAGAUGACAGUGACGAAGAGGAUGAUUUCCAGGGCAUGGCCACAGACUGCAUCGAUGGGCCCCGCAAGCACAAAAAGUCCCGUGUGAAGCUGGGAGCAGAGCCAGUUGGUGCUGAGCUGGAUCCUGAUGAUGAAGAGGAUGAAGAAGACUCUGAAGACGCCCUGGGAGAGUUCGACUUCCUGGGAUCUGGCGAGGAGGGCGAGGGGGCUGGGGAGGCGAGGAUCUCGGGAGAUGGACGUGAGUUAGAAAACCGGAAGAACAAGUUGCAAGGGAUGAUGUCUGAUUUGCGUGAUGUUGAUGGGCUCCCACCCAAAUCAGCCAUCCCCUCCUCUGUCCAAGGCCAGUCCCGAGGCAGUGAAGGGGGCGCCCUGGGCUUCUCCUCAGAUGUGUUUAUCCUGGACACCGUGGGGGGCGGAGACAUGAACCUCGGGGAGCUGGCUGACCUCACCGUUGACAAUGACCUCACCAUCGAUCUGCAGGACAGCCGUGAGGAGUUCAAGAAGACGUGGAACCCUCGCUUCACCCUCCGCAGCCACUUCGAUGCCAUCCGAGGCCUGACCUUUCACCCCAGCCAGGCCGUGCUGCUGAGUGCAUCCGAGGAUGGCACCCUGAAGCUGUGGAAUCUCCACAAGGCUAUCCACUCCAAGAAGAAUACAGCUCUGGAUGUUGAGCCCAUCUACACCUUCAGAGCUCACAGCGGAGCAGUCCUGUCUAUGGCCAUGGAUGACAGUGGCGAAUCAUGCUAUAGUGGAGGGUUGGAUGGUACUGUGCGGUGCUGGAAGAUUCCUGACCUUAACGUCGAUCCCUACGAUAACUACGACCCCAGGAUUGAGAGCAGCGUGCUGGCUGGGCACACGGACGCGGUGUGGUGGCUGGCAUAUUCCCCCGCCCAGCACUGCCUGGCCUCUUGCUCUGCCGAUGGCACUGUCCGGAUCUGGGACCCCUCGCAGAGCGCCACCUGUGUCAGCGUCUUAAGCACGGACAAGGAUCUUGGGAUCCCUACCUCAGUGGCCUUUGUGAACUCUGACCCCUCACAGACUGUGGUGUCUUACAAUGGAGGUGACACCCUGAUCUACGACCUCAGCACUGAGCAGCGCAUUCUGACCCUGGAGUCCAAGAGCAAGGAAGGCUGCGGGCUAAUUAACCGGGUUGUCAGCCACCCUUCACUGGCCGUCUCCAUCACUGCGCAUGAGAACCGCAGCAUCCGGUUCCUGGACAACAAGACUGGUAAAGUGAUCCAUUCCAUGGUUGCCCACCUGGAUGCAGUGACCUGCUUGGCUACAGACCCCAAAGGCACUUACCUCAUCUCGGGCAGUCACGAUUGCUCAGUGCGACUGUGGACACUGGACAGCCGGACAUGUGUGCAGGAGAUCACGGCUCACCGCAAGAAGCACGACGAGGCCAUUCACGACGUGGCCUUCCACCCCAGCCAGCCCUUCAUCGCCAGCGCCGGCGCUGAUGCCCUGGCCAAGAUCUUUGUCUGAGCAGACCUCCAUCACCAUGUCUCGCCUCACUGCGGCAGCUGCCCUCUGGUCUCCAGGGUGGCACAGCAGGCACCGUUUAGGCGCUGCACAGGAGCAGGGCGCCAUGCGGCAAACCAGCCCAGGGACGCGAGAGCUACACAUAACAGUAGUCGGAAUAAAUAGUGAAGUGUGAGUUUUUAACGGUUAAAGCUAUUGUACUUUCAUUGCAGCCAACCACCCAAGGUGAGGCCUUUGCCAUAUCGAAUAGGGUGUUUUGUCAUCAUCAUCGUCAAGCUGCUCAAGCCUGCAAGACUCUUUACACUACAGAGGAUGGGGUGUGUGGGUGGGGAGAGGGGGAGAAGCAAAUGAAGUCCAAAAACUCAGGAUCUGUAAAGUCAUGGGGUUUUGGAGACCCUGUACUUCCAGAGGUAGCAUACAAUGACCAGCUCUCACAAUGUCCCCCUACCCCCCAGACACCCAGGGUAUAGGCAGCACCUCCUGUGGCUUCAUCAUGGCAUCCAAACCUUAUCUACUGUCUUCCCACUCGCGUGCUUGCAAAGCACAGUGCAACAUGCAUUGACGUUGUAGCAUUUUAUGUUGUGACUGAGGUUAAACACACUCCACAGCUCAAGCAGAGGAAGUCUAGCGCAGAUAUAGUUCCUUUAAAGCUAUAACAUGAAUAAAAUAAGUCUCAAACACUCAGGACUUCUUCACCUUGAUUUGUUGACUGUGUACAGUGUAGUAUCUUUCACUGCUGAAUUACCUUGGUGCUCUUUGUCUAAAAACAGGCUCCACUGUUGGUAACAGUGCAGUGCACCAAUAGAUGGCGUAGACAGAGAAAGGAAAGCAGGGCUUUGCCUUCGGUUAUUCAGCUGCUUUGUGCAGUUCCCCAAAAAACUCGGAUAACACUCAAGGGAAAUUCUCAUUGAGGAGUCUUGCAGCUGGUCAUUGCUCACUCUGGGUGAAAAAUACUAUCAUCAUUAUUGUUAUAGGUCUUUGUUUUUUGUCAGAAUUGGUCUAACAUUUCAGUCUGAAGGAGGUGGAGGUCAAAAGGCCUUUGGCUCCAGUUUCUUCUCUGCUCUGUCCAAAAAGGGAACCUCUGGCUAACAGUGUGGCAGAACCAGAGUUUGAAUAAACUGGAGACAUCAGAUUGCUCUUAAUUUGAACUAUUAAGGGAACUAUUAAGGGAAAUUGGUUUCUUAGUGAUACCUCACCAAAAAAUCCCAGGCAAAAUGUAUAAAAUAUUAUUUAAAUAUCUGUUUCCAUGUUGGUUUAUUACAAGCAGUUUGUAAUGUGGCACAGUUUAAUAAGUUUAAAGAGGCAUUUAAAACUCAAUAGAUGAGUUUUACAACUGAUAGCAAUGCGCUAUCGAACAAAGAUCGUUGUGACAUGCAUGCUGCCAGGAGCUCAAUUGUCAUCUGUUAGUAGCAAAAGCAAUAAAUAAUCUUUCCAGACAGUACACGUUCAAUAUUGGCAAAUCAAUCAUGAAAACAAGUAAGGACAGAUAUGAUAUCCUUUUGGAUUUUUUUCUGGAGGGGGUGGAGAAGGUAGUAAUUAACUUAAAACUUUUUAUCUGAAGGUAUGAUGGUUGUAAUAUUUGAAAAUAAUAAUUCCAUUUAGUCCUCAGAUAUAAUUAUAUUUAAUAUAGUAUGAUUUUUAUGCAAUAGUUUACAUCUCGCUGCUUUUCCGCAUUUUAGAAUUGCAGGAAUUAUCCUAGCACCUUUCAUGUAAAUGGUUGGGGGGACUGUUGAUUGAAUGUAAUUUCUAUUAAAUCUUUGCUUAUUUUUUAUUUGUAAAAACUACAUGAUAUGGAAUCUAAGGCUGCCAUUUUCUUGCAUACUGUGUUUAGGCUGUUUAUUGGUGUUACUCUUUCAGCAAGUAAAAACACAAAUUGUUUAAUUCAGUAGCUUCAAAUGCUUAAGCUUCAGUGAAAUGGCAGAACAGGAGAACAUUUUGAUAUAAAAGGCUGAUGUUUAAGAAUUGUUCAAGAAUCAUUUCUGCAUGCUACACAAUUGAAAUGUGGGAAAGGGGGAGCAAGCCCAGCUGCAGGAGGUGUUUUUCUGCAGGGUCGAAGUGGUCCAAGUUUGUGUGUGACAGUGCUGGGCUGGUCAUGCAGUGGAACCCGCUCUAUGAGCAACACUACAAUCAGCAUGCAAUCCAGAAUGAAAACACUGAACAGUAGAAAGUUGCCAAAACUUACAGAAGACAAAACUAAAUUAAAAAUGUCUAAAAACCUCAACCUUAGCGCAGGGAAUGAAACACUGGAUUUUGCUGCAUUUUAAAUAAUUAAGUUAACUUGUUUUUAGCUCCUGAGAUGGUCGCUCUGUUUUUGUUUUGUUGUAUUGAUGAUGUAGGUGGGAGAAGAAUCGGGAUAGUCCCAGGAGGAAAGUCAGACUCCCACUGUGUAGUAGAUUGAUCCGUUUCAGGCUGUUUGAGCUGCAAGUGCUUGUUGUGACGUGUAAUUGCUCAUAACGAGGUAGUGAGCACAAAAGAUGCAGUGUGUAGAGUCAGUUUACACUGGAGGCUAUCAGGAUCCAGCACCUCAUGAGGCCUGUAAUGGCUCAAGCUGGAAUGGAGUGGGAGUCGUCAUCGUCUGUAUCGGACCACUUGCUUGCUGCUUCUGUGGAGGUGUUGCGCUCAGCUGCUGCUGAGAUGGCAGUUUUAAUUUUUGUUUGUGCAUAAAUGUUUUGAUCUGUCUUUUAAAAGGGAAAAGUUGAGAAUGUGCAGUUAUUGUACAGUUUUGUCUAUGUAAUACUGUCCUAUAUAUAUUGUACAUAAUGCAAUUACUUUUGGUGCUAAAGCUCAUCCCAGGGCGCAGGAGGGGUGGGACAGCAGUUACCAUCCAAGACUCAUCUGUGUAACGGAGUGAUCAGCAUAUGGACAGGGAAUCCAGUCACUGUUACCAAAAGUCAUGCGUCACUCUUGUUUAUUUACAACAUUUACUUUUAAGACAACAAUCUUCAAAAUUAAAGUUGAAAAUUAGUUCUUCAUCGAUUUAUGCAUCUGCAUCCAAAUAGUAACAUAUUUUAACUAGUUUCAAACGCACACUGUUCUGCUGCGCUUAUACUUUUAUACUGAGACUACACGUUUUUUCAUUGAAAUCGGCAAAAUUUUAUUUUUCUUCACAUCCCUACUCAGAUGAUUAGCGGUUGUUAUCUGUUAAUCAUUGUUCAGUUACAGUGCAGACCUGAUCUGCAAUGUCUUCACUACAGGGUUCAGCUCUUACAGAAAAACUUUUAAAUCCUGCUUCCCGGUCUCCCAACCAUCAAAGGAACACAAUGGGGCUUUGGUUUACAUUGAAGUGGUUACAAAAAUUCUAACAUGCAUCCAGUUGAUCUAUCAGUCCCUUGCUUACUGAAACUGGAGUAGACUAAGUAAGCUGGUACCAGACUUGCCUUCCUAGUAGAAAGAGAAAAGAAAGGGCUGGCCAUUUUCUUGCCAGGUUUCAUGCAGUUUUAAAGGACAUUUUUUUCAUUUUGAUCUUUCCCUGACCUUUUACCUUGGAGCUAUUACCAAGGCAUGACAUUGAAGCCAGGGGCCACAACCUGUUAUCGCCUGGCACAUCACUGUUCUUCCUGCUUUUCAGACAACAGUGGAAAAAACUUUAUGAAGCUCAGCUCCUGUGGAACACAUUAAAUCUGCCAGGCAGAUAGCCAGGCAAUAAAAACUCACCUUGGCACACACCCUAUUACCUGUCUCCAAUGAAUAACUAGCCCGCAUCAUCAGCUGCUGAACCAGAGAGCGCAGGAGGUUUUUGCAUGUGCAGGUGUUCAUUAAUGUGCUAAUGGCAGCCCGGGAGACAUCGAAUAGCAAUGAGUUGUUUCACUUUACACUGUUGAGCAAAAAGCACUCUUACACUGUUCAGUCUUGGGUUUUGUUGGAACAGUUUCUGGCAGUAUGGCUCAGCUGCACCUCUUGUUUUAUGUUGUACAGUGCUGUAACACAACCAUGCCUUUAUUAUUGGUGUGUUUCAUUUUGGGUGUGAGGAGAGGAUAGUUUAAUUUGACCAAUCGGUGUAUUGUUUCAGUGCACUUUGUGUCUGCUGCACUCUUCCUGAUUGAUACCCUGGCCUGCGUCUUUUCUGGUUCCUGGGCAGUUGGCUGAGGCGCUUUGUAGAGGCUGUCGUCUCGUACUGGCGGUGCUGCCCCAGACCAUCAUGCACUCCUGCACUCUCCUGCACCCACAGCCCUGAGUCCGGAGCAGGCUGACAGCUGUGGCGCUGCUUCUCCAGGGAAAGUGAAAACACAGUUGGCAGUGAUUCAUUUAAAUCAGUGUUGUAGAGCUUCUCAGUGCAGACGACCCGGGAGAGAUGAGAUUAGAAAUCUUUGAAAUCUACACCCAAGGAAGCAGUUACUGUGUCUUACAAAGAAAUGAAAUGGGAUAACGAAACAAGUAGGGUGACUGAGGUGUAAUAAUAUAUUUCAUUACUUAAUAAUUGAAUGAUUAUCACAGACAUUUUCAUAUAGCACACUAUACUAACAUUUUGUUAUUUAAAAAAUCAGGUGGAAGAAAGGGCCUAAAGAUCUCUUCUAAUUGGCUGUUUUUUUAUGUUUAAAUAAGUAACAUAUUUGUUGGGUAUGAAAUAGAUCUUUAGAUCAGUUUCUUGGGAUCAGCUGGUUUCGGCCUGCAGGCUCUCAUCUUCACCUGUUUAAUGGUCUGAUGGGGCUUGAAGGUAUGGACUACACUACUAAUACAGUUUAAAUAGAAUCACACUAUCGCUUUCCUUUAAUAGAGCUUUUCUUGCAAAUGUCUCAUCUGCAUUUAUAUAUUUUUGGAGCUGUUAAGCUGCUGUGCCAGUUUGUAUAAUAAAUAUUUGUAUUACAUUUCAAUUAGCUUUCAUGGCAGUUCAAAGCAUAUAAUUCCCUGUGGACAGCAAGAGCUUGAAAAAAAAAGAGGUUUCUACAGCCACAUGUCUGGGAAUCCCCAACCUAGGAACAACACACAUUCCAGACGAAAUAAAUCCAACAAAAUUCAUCCAUGUAUUUUGUAAAUGUCUGAUUAACUUUUUCUACGUUUUUUUAAGAUGUAUCAAUUAUGUAGUAUCUGAAGUGUACUAUCUGUUAGUAGGCUUAGAAAUGCUUGUAAAUGAUAUGGAAAUAAAGUAAAAAAGUCAAUGCCAAGGUUAAAGGGCUCUAGUUUCUUUGUGGUUUAUUUUUAAUACCAAUUUAUCACUGUGUGAUAUUUUGUACGUCAUUUUAAGCUGUAACUCUUCACAAUUUGCUGUAAUUGCAGGGGACUAAAGACCAUGUUUUUUAUUUAUUUUUUGUAAUUCAUUCUAGUUGAUCGUGUUUUUUGGAGGGAGUCUUUUAUUGUAUGCUAUUGAGGAAGAAAAUGCUUCACAAAAUCCUGAAAAUAAAAAGAUUUUGUAUAUAGA